UUUGAUGCUUUGGCAUGGAACGUGAAUAUGCCGCAGGCCAUUCACGGCCUCCAAGGUUCCUGUCUGGUGAUUCCAUGUUCUUUCAGCUACACAUUAUACCCACCUAAAGAUCCACGCAGAGUUGUGUGGUAUCAGUGGGUCUCUAGAGGUUAUCCUUUAGUCUACGAUUCAUGGUAUCCAAGGGAUGUAAUUGACAAGUUCAGAGGAAAAACUGAUUUAUAUAGAAACUCUGGUUGGGAUUGCAGUCUCCUAAUCAAAAACCUGGAACAGUCCCACCAUAGAGAGAAAAUAUAUGCAUGGAUCGAUCCUGAAAAUGUUGGAUGGCGCACUUACGCAUUUUAUGACAUCACCUCUACAAUUUUAGUCGAAAAUCAGCCACCGACACCCACCAUAUUAAUUUAUGGAGGUGAAAAGAUGGGGGACAAGAUCACAGUAGUAUGUUCAUCUUUUCAUACGUGUCCAUGGAGCAAACCAAACAUCACUCUGAAUGGUGCAAAGGGAUCUGAAUCCGAUCAAAUCAAAGAUGAGUGUAAUGAGUACGGUCACUGCAAAAUCAAUCUGACACGCACAGUAGUUGUAAAGGCAGAAAACACAGCUUUUAACUGUUCAGUAACAUACCAUGGUGGCAAAUCCAUAUCAGCUGCAAUAGACAAAAGUGCACAAUGUGUUCAUCAUAGAAUUGUUAUUGAGCCUGAAAUGGCAGAUGUCACUGAGGGCGUCGCACAGAACUUCACCUGUACCAUUUACCAUUCCUGUCAGAAAGAGAAUCCAUCCAUAUCAUGGAACUACGAGAACAUGCAGGUCUCAGAGGGGAGAAAAACACUUUCUGGUUCAGAUCGAGUCGCCUUUUCUAACAUAACCUUUCUUGGUACCAUCGAAGACCAAGGGAGGAAACUGACGUGCACUGCAUCCUUUUCUGGAGGAAACAUUGCAGCUUCUGCUGUUUUACGUGUACAAAAAUAUCAAAAACCAGCUAUUCCAGUCCAGAAUGAAACUUACUUCCAAUACAUGGCAGACGUGAUACCCGAGAUCACUGCUCUUCCUCGUUCCUGUGUGGUGAUACCGUGCAGUUUUAGUGUUGAACAUAAAUAUCUCACUGGACUCCGUGUUCGUUGGGUCAACAACAAUGGUGGCUACAUGUAUCACACUGACCCGGUGGACGUCUUGGAUAACUUUAAAGGUCGUACAAGACUUCUUGGAAACCCGGAUGAGCGGAACUGUACUUUGGAGAUGGACGAUGUACGAACUCAUGACAACGGGCCGUUUUGCUUUCAAGCUGAAAAAAAAGAGGAGAAAUACAGCUUCAACAACAGCUGUGUGUUCAUUAUAAUGCGAGCAUCUCCAGACCAGCCUGUGAUGUCAUCAGUUCCUGAAGACAUCGAGCCCGGGACAGCAGUCACUGUUAAAUGUUCAGUCAAACACACAUGCUCCUCUCACCCUCCCAAAAUCACAUGGAGCGUCCCAACAGUUCGAGAAACUAUCAGCCACAAUCCCAUGGGUGGAGGCGUCUGGGAAACAGUGUCCAAAAUGAAGUUUAUUCCCACAGGAUAUGAAGAGGAAGAUGAAAUUAUCUGCAGCGCCAACUUUUGGGGUGGUAAAACACAGAGCAACAGUUCUGCCCCCCUGAGUGUUAAGAGAAUUCAAGCGGUUGAAUCUGGGCCUUAUAUCAUUGCUUCGUCACUUGUGUUCGUCCUCAUUUGCAUACUUGCUGGAGUCUUCAUGUACAAAAGGCACCAAAGACAGCCUUGUGAGGACAUAACAAGAUCUGAGCAAAGGAGAUCAGUUUGGAACAGAUUUUCAAGUCGUUUUAGCAUGCCUGAAGGAAGGGCAGCUUGGUUUAAUAGUGGAAACAGGAGUGAUAUCAGGGAUGCACCUGGAAGACCACCGAAGCCAGAGCAAAGACGAAGCAUCUGGAGCCGAUUUUCUAGACACCAAUCACCCAGAAAUAAUGCAAAUAUGAGAGCCGAAUACAAGGCCAACAACACAUGCAAUGUGCCAGAAAACAAGGAUUUCAAUAAACCACACAUGCCAUCACCAAACAGUCAGCGAAAAAACUGUGGUGGUUACGAUUAUGAUGCUGAUUACAACCUAUAUGGAAAUGUCUGAUGAAAAUGUCCAUCAUUAAGGCUUAGUAAUGCAAGUAAAAGCAGGAACAAAUGUUCUCAAUUCCUCAUCAAAUUCCUUACAUUACCUCUAAUGUACCUCUUUUCCAUAUUGUGUUAUCUGUAGCUUGUAUUAACUUUAAUAUGGAUAUAUUGUUUAACAUAAUUCCACGACUAAUCCAUCCAAAAAUUCACUCAUUCAGUACACAAAUCAAAUAACAUUUGUUUUAAAACCUUUUUUUAAUGAAAUGUAUUGUUUGAAAAUUAUGUUUGUGCUUAAAGUAACAUACGUGUGGCUUAAUUAUUGACAUUAAUGUAUUGUCAUAUAAUGUGAUUGCUUUACUUUUGCUCCGUGUUCAAACUGCUCAUUUAAGUGAAGUUUAAUUUUAAACUAAUUUCGAGAGG